ACAGCUCCAACGAGAUCCGUGUGGUGGUGUGGCGCACGGGCCCCACCGCCAAGCCCAGCUUCGAGGGUCUCGUCCACCGGCCGGCCUACAAGCCCUCCACCUCCAACUACGACGCCCCGUCCCCGCCCACGCGCAGGCGGAUGGGCGUCCCCAGCAAGACCCCGCCCGCCGUGCCCCCGCUCCCCGCCCACCACCGCCCCACCCCCGCCCCCGGCACCACCCGUAGGCUCCUGCUCAACGGCUCGGAGCUGGGAGGCGGAGGGGGUCCGGGGUGGGGGGGGCCGGGUGGGUUCGGCCGAGGAGCUGGACGGGGGGCACCCCAGGGCCCAGCAUCAGCAUCAGCAUCAGCAGCAGCAGCAGCAGCAGCAGCAGCAGCAGCAGCACCACCUCCUCCACCACCCCCACGCCACGGCCACGCUGAAGGGCACCCGGGUGAAGGCGUCCAACGGGGACAACUACAUCAUCCUGGCGCCCAUCAAUGCUGGAAGCCAGAUUUUAAGGCCUGUCUACCCAGAUAAUCAGGGCACGUUGGCCUCCAGCAUUGCCUCAAGGCUGUACCCCACAAGACAGCCACCUGCGCCACCGCCACAAGGGGGCGCUGGUGGCACCUUUGCUGGCGGUGCUGCUAGUAAUUUCGGCGGCGGUGGUGGCGGCGGUGGUGGAGGUGGUCUCUCCAGCCGAACCAACUUCCUUCGCCGAUCUGGCAACUCCAAAACCAAGAACAGUUCUAGCACGAACGCUAACGCCAACUACCAGCCGCACAAUGCCAACUUCGCCAACUACCAGAACUGCACCAUCGUCCGCUCCCACACGUCCCACGCUAACUACGGCUACGUCAAAGUAGCGCCGAAGAUCCUCAUUUUCCCAAUAUUUGUUCAGCCGCUGGACCUUUGCAGUCGGGCCCUCAUUAUCACAGAGGAGAUGGUGUUACACGAGAGUCAGCACCAUUCACUCAAGGUGACAGUAUUUGUCUACACGGACCUGAUGCUGGUGACCAGGGAAGACGAGCCAGGCAGGUGCAAUGUGCUCCAGAGCCCUCUGUUCCUCCGACAGCUGCGAUUACAGGAAGAUCACGCGGAGGAACUCAGAUUCUACAUUAUUCACAUGACGGAGAAGUGUGACUGCCUGCUCAGCCUGGAAGCCUACUCGGUGGACCAGAAGCGCCGCGUGUGCCAGUGCCUGAAGGAAAACAUCGACAAGCAGAUCCAGCUCCAGAGAAGGGAGCCCGUGGCCACGCACUUUGAGCAGAUGUUGGAGCCGAAGGUGGACGUCCCCCCCUGUGAGCUGGGCGGAGGGGUCCUGGGCGGGGCGGACCUGGAGGGGGUGAUGGGGGUGGAGCUGGGGAUGCCCCGCCCGCCCGGCUUCCAUCACUCGGAAGGGGAGGAGAGCAGCCUGUACCCGUCCAGCCCCUCGGAGCCCCACAACCUGGGCAGCCCCCGCACCUCCUCGCCCCUCACCCCCCUGGAGGACAUCUACACCCCGCUGGGGGGCUCCGCCGACCGACACAGGGUGCCCCCCACCCCACCGCCCUCCACGGAGGGGGAGGACUGCAAGAGCGUGGGCAGCUCGGAGCUGGAGAUCUGGAAGGUGGAGAAGAGCGAGAUGACGGAGGAGGAGGAGGAGGUGAGGAGCGGACUGGAGGGAGACUAUGAGGGGGAGGAGGGGGAGGUGGGAGAAAGUGUGAAGAGUACUGAAAGUGAGGAGAUCAGAGGAGAUCCCGACGACGAAGGAGGGGACGGCGAGAGAUCGCCGGGGGAGGCGGGAGAAGGGGAGGAGCCGGCCCCGAACGAGAACGCCGGUGAGGAGGAGGAGGGGGAGGAGGAGACCGCCUCCGAGCCGCCGGACGCCACCGCGCCUCCCUCCUCCUCCUCCUCCUUCGUCAUCCCCGAGCUCCGGCUGGACCGCACCUUCAGCGCCGACGCCCUCUCCUCCCCGUGCAGCGUCGAGGGCGAGGAGGAGGACGAGGACGAGGGCGAAGACGACGAGGACGAAGAGGAGGACGAGGACGAAGACUCCGAAGACGAGGAGGAGGAGGACGACGACGACAGCGACGACACCUGCCUCCAGCGCAGCGACAGCAAGCGGCGCAGCAUGGUGGAGGCCACCUCCUCCGCCUGCGAGAAGCACGGCGCGGGCGGCGGCGCGUGCCGGCUGAGCGUGCAGAACUCCCUGCGCCGACGCACCCACAGCGAGGGCAGCCUCCUGCAGGAGCCGCGCACCACCUGCUUCAACUCCAACAACGCCAUCCACUGCCUGGAGGGCGGCGGCGGCGGCGGCGGCGGCGGGGGCCACCACAAGGGCGGCGGCUGGACCCUGCCGUCGCCCAAGACCCUGACCAAGAACGGGGGCUCCAUGCACCAGCUGUGCAUGCUCUUCUCCGGCCGCAAGGUAAGCGCGGCCGUGUGUUGGUGGGGAUAA